GGUAGUUGGUAGUUGGCUGCUGGCAGCAUCAUUUCGACCGUCGUAGCAGAGAUACAGCUACAAUAUACAGUACUGGAUAUUAAGCCACAUAUACAACCAGUUUCUAAUACCAACGCAUUUUGGAUGGUAAUCAGUCAGUUAACGGCCGGUUGGGCUAACAUGGAAACAUCGGGGAGAAUAGCAACCACGCCAGACGCCCUCGACUUCACAGUGGACAACGUUGAGAAGGCACUCCACCAGUUGUACUAUGACCCUAACAUAGAGAAUAAGAACCUGGCACAAAAGUGGCUGAUGCAGGCUCAGGUUUCUCCUCAGGCCUGGCAGUUCAGCUGGGCUCUGCUCAGCCCAGACAAGGUUCCUGAGAUCCAGUACUUUGGGGCCAGUGCCCUCCACACUAAGAUAUCCCGCUACUGGUCAGACAUCCCCUCAGACCAGUAUGAGACCCUGAAGACCCAACUCUUCUCCCAGAUCGCCUGCUUCUCCUCUGGGUCCAAGAUGGUGCUGACACGUCUGUGUGUAGCGCUGGCCUCCCUGGCUCUAAACACCAUGCCAGAGGCGUGGCCGGGGGCUGUGCCAGAGAUGGUGCGCGUGUUUCAGGAGGAGGGCGGAGGGGUGGACGGCCGGGCCAGGUGUCUGGCCCUGUUGGAGCUGCUCACCGUCCUGCCAGAGGAGUUCCAGACCAGCCGCCUGCCGCAGUACCGCAAGGGACAGGUCCGCGGGGCCCUGGGACGUGAGUGGGGGUCAGUGUGCCCACUCCUCCAGCAGCUGCUCCGCCGUGGGGACAGUCCCGGGGCGGUGAAGGCUCGGGUCCUGCGCUGCCUGUCGUCCUGGGUGCUGCUAGACGUCCCGCUCAGUGAGAGCGAAGGCCUGGUGGAGGACUGCUUCACCGCUCUGCCCGACCCCGAGCUGUUUGACACUGCCGUGGAGGCCAUCGUCAAUGCAAUAUCCCAGCCUGACUCCCAGAGGUAUGUGAACACGCUGCUGAAGUUGGUUCCCCAGGUCCUGUCCCUGCAAGACCAGCUGAGAGAGGCGGUCCAGAGCGGGGACAUGGAGACGUCACAUGGCAUCUGUCGUAUCGCUGUGGCACUAGGAGAGAACCACUCCAGGGCUCUGUUGGAGCAGGUUGAACACUGGCAGGGUUUCCUGGCGCUGGUCAACAUGAUCAUGUUCUGCACUGGGAUACCCGGACACUACCCAGUCAACGAGACCACCAGCUCCCUCACGCUCACCUUCUGGUACACACUACAGGAUGACAUCAUGUCGUUUGACUCUGAGAGACAGGCAGUGUAUCUGCAGGUGUAUCGGCCAGUGUAUUUCCAGCUGGUGGACGUUCUGCUGCAUAAAGCCCAGUUCCCCUCCGACCAGGAGUAUGCAACAUGGUCUUCAGACGAGAAGGAACAGUUUAGGAUCUAUAGGGUGGACAUCUCCGACACUCUGAUGUAUGUAUAUGAGAUGUUAGGAGCCGAGCUACUUAGUAACCUGUAUGAGAAACUUGGACGGAUACUCACCAACACAGAACCAGCCUCGUCGUGGCAGCAUACAGAAGCAUUGCUGUAUGGGUUCCAGUCGAUAGCAGAGACGAUAGACGUAAACUACUCUGAUGUCAUCCCAGGUUUGAUCGGACUAAUCCCCAGAAUCAACAUUAACAACGUCCAGCUGGCAGACACCGUCAUGUUUACUAUAGGAGCGCUAGCAGAGUGGUUGGCCGACCACCCGGUUAUGCUGAGUAGUGUUCUACCUCUGGUACUCCAGGCAUUAGGGAACCCAGACCUUUCUGUCUCUUCAGUCUCCACUCUUAAGAAGAUCUGCAGAGAGUGUAAAUACGACCUGCCGCCCUACGCUUCCAAUAUAGUGGCCGUUUCGCAGGAGGUGCUGAUCAAGCAGAUCCACAAGACCAGUCAGUGUAUGUGGCUGAUGCAGGCUCUGGGCUUCCUGCUGUCAGCACUGCCUGUGGAGGAAAUACUGAGGAACCUGCACUCUCUGAUUACACCGUACAUACAGCAACUGGAAAAACUAGCCGAUGAAACGCCCAACCCGUCCAAUAAACUAGCGAUCAUCCACAUCCUGGGACUGCUGUCCAAUCUUUUCACUACGCUGGACAUCAGCAAGCAGGAGGACGAAUCAGGAGAGAGCACGGCGCCGCCCAUCAAAACAGCGCCGCCCCCGCCUGGGCCCAAUCCGGUGGUUGUGGUCCUGCAGCAGGUGUUUGCUCUUAUUCAGACGGUCCUCAGUAAAUGGCUCAACGACUCACAGGUGGUGGAGGCAGUGUGUGCUAUCUUUGAGAAGUCGGUAAAGACUCUGCUCCAUGACUUUGCCCCCAUGGUCUCUCAGCUCAGCGAGAUGCUAGGUCAGAUGUACAGCACCAUACCACAGGCCUCUGCCCUGGACCUCACACGACAGAUGGUCCAUAUAUUUGCCAGCGAGACGGAACACUUCCCUCCCAUCAAGGCACUGUUCGAGCUGGUUACCUCGGUAACACUCUCCAUCUUCCAGCAAGGACCCAGGGAUCAUCCUGAUAUUGUUGAUUCAUUUAUGCAACUCCAAGCUCAGGCCCUCAAACGGAAGCCAGAUCUCUUCUUGUCAGAGAGUCUUGACGUAAAAGCUGUAUUCCACUGUGGGGUACUGUCACUCAAAUUUCCUGAGGCUCCAACAGUCAAGUCUACUUGCUUGUUCUUUACAGAGUUGUUGCCACACUGCUCAGAUGUGCCCCCAUUGGCCAGAGUAGUACAGGAAGAUGGAAAACUACUGCUGCAGGCUGUUAUAGAGGCGAUUGGUGGAGGUUCAUCUCGUGGUCUGAUGGACCAGUUCGCUGAGGUUCUGUUCAGUCUGAAUAAGCACUGUUUCUCACUGCUCACCAUGUGGCUGAAAGAGGUGCUGCAGUCGCCGGGCUUUCCCUCCACCCGGGUCACCAGUGAACAGAAAGACACCUUCACCCAGCAGAUCCUUCGAGAGCGGGUGAAUAAGCGAAGGGUAAAGGACAUAGUGAAAGAGUUUACGCUAGUCUGCAGAGGGCUUCAUGGGACUGAGUACGCCGCUGAUUACUGACCCCCGACCUUGCCACGACCUCUUCCCAGGCUGGAUGCCGCAGUACAACAGCCCCAUAAGCCCCUUAACACUGGAGUUUUCAUUGGAUGGUUGAAAUGUAACCCCCCCCCCCU